GCAGCUACAGACGCUGAAGUAUCGUAGCUCUCUGAUAGCAAACUUGAUGUGGUUGCCAUGCAAAUGACCUCGCUGAGCAGGGCACCUUCGCCAAUCAAAAAGAAAGAGGAUGACAAGAGUAAACAACGAGGUAAACAGAAAUGUGCAGCCUUGAAAGAUGGAGCUGACAGAGAUCGGGACAAAGUAAAGAACAGAACACGACGUGGUGCUUCCAGUAGGAGCAGCAGCUCCAGUAGCAGCUCGGGUUCUAGUUCUGGCUCCUCCAGUGGCACCAGCUCUUCCGCCUCCAGUCACUCAGGCUCUUCCAGCUCCCGUUCAUCUUCCUCCUCAUCGUCCUCGCCAAGCCCCAGCCGGCGGCGACAUAACAAACAACACUCCCGCUCAAAGUCCAAGUUGGCCAAGAAAGAUGACCGGGACCGUCGAAAGAGGAGUCCUGCUCCGAAACCCACCAAGGUCUACCUGGGCCGGCUGACAAGAAAUGUCAUCAAGGAGCACAUCCAGGAAAUCUUCUCCACCUAUGGCAAGAUCAAGAUGAUUGACAUGCCCAUGAACCGCGUUCACCCCCACCUUUCCAAGGGCUAUGCUUAUAUUGAGUUUGAGACCCCUGAUGAAGCAGAAAAGGCACUUAAACACAUGGAUGGAGGACAGAUUGAUGGUCAGGAGAUAACAGUCAUUGCUGUCCUAACACCCACGGUGCGUGCCCCCCCUCGCAGGAUGUCCCCUCCUCGCAGGAUGCCACCUCCACCCCCAAUGUGGCGACGCACUCCUCCUCGGAUGAGGAGAAGGUCUCCAAGGUCGCCGCGACGACGCUCCCCAGUCCGGCGCAGGUCUAGAUCACCCGGCCGCCGUCGUCACCGGUCCCGUUCCAGUUCCAACUCUUCCCGCUAAACAUCAAUAUCACCCAACUCUCAUAAUUGGCUGCCUGGUCCUCACAGACUUGUGUUCACCCCAAUAUGACAUUUUAUGAUGUCGAUAUGUGCAGCUUGUUGUCCGGUGUGGUUUAUAUAUGUAGAAAUUUGUUCUUCCUCUAAAUUUAGUGAGUGCGGCUUAUUAACCGGAAUUUAUGGCAAACGUUACACAAGAUGGAGCUGGCUCUGGACAGUACAAUAUACAGUAUGUGUCAUAACAUCACUCUUGCAUGUAUUUAUUGAUAUUUAUUUGACUAUUAUUUAAACAGUACUAGUGGUUAUUAUAUAUUACCGUUUUUUAUUAUUUAAAAACUUCAGUUAAUUGGAUACUGUGCAGCUGAGCCACUUUGUUGUUUUGAUCCUGUCUUAUUUGGAAGUAUUUUCCCCCCAGUGGUGGACUAGUGCAAUCUGUUUAAAGUACUGUUGCGUGUGAUUUUCGUUUUUGACCAGACAAUAAAGGUUAUGCCUCUUUUUGACUGACCAA